AUGGUGCUCGCGGCCCCGCUGCUGCUGGGCUUCCUGCUCCUCGCCCUGGAGCUGCGGCCCCGGGGGGAGGCGGCCGAGGGCCCCGCGGCGGCGGCGGCGGCGGCGGCGGCGGCGGGGGCCGGGGGGGAGCGCUCGAGCCGGCCGGCCCCGUCCGUGGCGCCCGAGCCCGACGGCUGCCCCGUGUGCGUGUGGCGGCAGCACAGCCGCGAGCUGCGCCUGGAGAGCAUCAAGUCGCAGAUCUUGAGCAAACUGCGGCUCAAGGAGGCGCCCAACAUCAGCCGCGAGGUGGUGAAGCAGCUGCUGCCCAAGGCGCCGCCGCUGCAACAGAUCCUGGACCUGCACGACUUCCAGGGCGACGCUCUGCAGCCCGAGGACUUCCUGGAGGAGGACGAGUACCACGCCACCACCGAGACUGUCAUUAGCAUGGCCCAGGAGACUGACCCUGCGGUGCAGACAGAUGGCAGCCCUCUCUGCUGCCAUUUCCACUUCAGCCCCAAGGUGAUGUUCACAAAGGUACUGAAGGCCCAGCUGUGGGUUUAUCUCCGGCCUGUGCCCCGUCCAGCCACAGUCUACCUGCAGAUCUUGCGACUGAAACCCCUAACUGGGGAAGGGACCGCAGGGGGAGGGGGCGGAGGCCGGCGUCACAUCCGUAUCCGCUCGCUCAAAAUUGACCUGCACUCACGCUCCGGCCACUGGCAAAGCAUCGACUUCAAGCAAGUACUACAUAGCUGGUUCCGCCAGCCACAGAGCAACUGGGGCAUCGAGAUCAACGCCUUUGAUCCCAGUGGCACAGACCUGGCUGUCACCUCCCUGGGGCCGGGAGCCGAGGGGCUGCAUCCUUUCAUGGAGCUUCGAGUCCUAGAGAACACAAAACGGUCCCGGCGGAACCUGGGCCUGGACUGCGAUGAGCACUCAAGUGAGUCCCGCUGCUGCCGAUACCCCCUCACUGUGGACUUUGAGGCUUUUGGCUGGGACUGGAUCAUCGCACCUAAACGCUACAAGGCCAACUACUGCUCCGGCCAGUGCGAGUACAUGUUCAUGCAAAAGUAUCCGCACACCCACUUGGUGCAACAGGCUAACCCAAGAGGCUCUGCUGGGCCCUGCUGUACCCCCACCAAGAUGUCCCCAAUCAACAUGCUCUACUUCAAUGACAAGCAGCAGAUUAUCUACGGCAAGAUCCCUGGCAUGGUGGUGGAUCGCUGUGGCUGCUCCUAAGGCUUGCUCCCGUGUGGGAAGAAUAGUGCUGGAAUCUGAAUCGCCCUUAUUUGCUAUCAAGUGAAAACUCUUCAAAACACACAACUUGCCUCCAAAAUCAGAAGAGAAACCUGUCCUCACUGACUAAACACAAGCACUGGAUAUUCAGAUUGAUCCAUGUACUUCACUUCCCUCAUUCUCUCACUCAAGACUUAAAGAGCAAGCCAACUAACUGACCGACGCCAAUAACUUCAGCAUACAUGAUCCUCACUCCUAUCUCCCAAUAACUGCCCUGUUUUUCUUUUCAGAAGUUUGGUGAUAAAAACAAGAAAGAGAACUGUGUAAAAGAGGAGAGGGGUUGUAUAAGAAGCACAGGGCAGAAAGCAUGAUAUAUAUUUAAUAAUGCCCCCAUGAAUCACUAUCACUGUAUUUUCCAUCAUGGAAUAAGAUAGUUCCUAACUGAACCUUUCAGAAGACAUCUUCAACUUUUCAAAAUUCACUUUUCUUCGUUUCCUUUUCACAUUGGCAAAUCCUUGGACAAUAUAAAGAAAAUGAUACCUGCUUAAAGAAAAGACUGAGACAUUCCAGGUUGCCCCAAGAUUCAAAUUACAUGUGUGAAAGUGCUUAGUACAUAGGAACUAUCAUGUAAGUAUUCAAUAAACGUUAGCCAUUAUUUCUACUGCUUCCUUCUGGUCCUUGAAACAAAGUCUGAGACCACCAACAGAAUUUUGAAGCUAACAAUGCCAUUCAUUCUUCUUCUACACUACAAGUGAAGUCAUCAAAAGUUGUCAAGAAACAGACACUACCAAGGCAACAAGGAAAUUCCCUUCAGUUGCAAGGCAAAUGAUAUUUGGAAAGAGGAUCAGAUUUAAGGUUAAAGUGUAGCAGAACAGUAACUCAGCAAAACCACAGUCUUCUCCAUCAGGUACUAUUAACCAUCUUCUCUUUCUGGGACCCUAAAAAAAAACAACUAUGCUGUCAGGCUUUAACUGAUAUCAACAUCCCUAACAAUUAAUGACUACAAAAACAGAUAUCUAUAUAAGGUAAUGUCCAAGGGAACUGAGCAAGGAUCCGACCUCUAACUCUGUAGACCCAAUUCCAGGUACUCUAAAGGCCCCUGAGGAAUUGCUUUCACUGAAUUACACAACAUCAGUUUCUAUCAACAUGGUCAAUAACACUGAAACCAUAAAAUUAAACCAUUCAUCCACUAGUCAUUCAAAUAACCACUGAGAGCCUACUUUGGGUCAGGCACUGUUUUCUGGCAUUGGGAAUAGAGAGAUGAAUAAGACAAAAAUCUUUAACCUCAUAGGGCUUAUGAAUUCACAACUGAAUGACUAUAAAGAUGUGUGCCACUGUUCAUUACAUUACUGCAUUAUGAGGACUCAUAGGGAAAUUUUCUUUCUGAUUCCCAGACCCCAAAUAAUUAUGCUUUUGCUGAGCAACUUGUUAGUUUUACCUUUUGAACCCUGUGAAUCACUGUAAACAGUACAAUUGUGUUUUCCUCUUUCUACUGACUGCUAUAAAGUUUGGAGCAAAAUGUGUGGCCUGUCCCUGGCAAGUGG